UAAAUGAUGCUUGCGUCAGUCAAAUGGAGCUCUGUGCGGAUCUAUUUGCUCUUCGUGCUGCUGGAGUGGUACUGGGAAGCCGUGCGUGGCCAGCUCACUUACUCUGUGGCGGAGGAGGUGAACGUGGGGACCUUUGUUGGAAAUAUUGCCAAAGAUUUAAGUCUCAAUGUACAAGAUUUGGAGUCUCGCAUGUUUCAAAUUGUUGCGGGAGCUAAGAGGAAAUAUUUUGAUGUGAAUCUUAAGACUGGUGUCCUCUAUGUUAAUGAGAUGAUAGAUAGAGAAGAACUAUGCGGGGAUGAAGUCCGAUGUUCACUCAGUGUAGAAGCUGUUAUUAAUAAUCCAUUAAAAUUAUAUCGUUUUGAUAUUAUUGUAUUGGAUGUAAAUGACAACUAUCCAACAUUUUUAAGCAAAUCACAGGAGUUAAAUAUUACAGAAAAUACAGAAUUGAGUACAAAGUUUCCUCUGCUUGUAGCUCAUGACGCAGAUGUUGGCAAGAAUACAGUAAAUUCAUACAAGCUCAGUAAAAAUCAACACUUUUCUCUUGAAACACACAAAGGUGAAAGUGUGACACCAGAAUUAGUGCUUCAGAGCCUUUUAGACCGAGAAAAGCAGGCUGUGAUCACACUCAUAUUGACUGCUAUUGAUGGAGGAACACCAGCCAAAUCAGGCACCAUGACUAUUGUUGUAAAUAUACUAGAUAUUAACGACAAUGCUCCAGUUUUCAGCCAAAAUCUGUACAAAUGUAGUGUAUAUGAGAAUAUUGAGAUUGGCACAUCAAUAAUAACCUUAAAUGCUACUGAUUUAGAUGCAGGAGAACAUGGACUAGUGUUCUACUCCUUCACUGAUAUGAGUAGAGGAAAGCAGAACGCUUUGUUUUCUAUAGACAAAAAUAGUGGGACUGUUACAAAUGUAAAGAAAUUAGAUUUUGAAGAGAGGAGCAAUUUUGAGGUUAGAGUACAAGCCAGUGAUGGGGCAAGGACUUCACAUACAAAAUUACUAAUAGAAGUAUUAGAUGUCAAUGACAAUGCCCCUGAAAUUUCAGUUACAUCUUUAUUGAGCACAGUGAAAGAAGAUGCAACAAUUGGCACCGCUGUUGCUCUUGUUUCCAUCUUGGAUAAAGAUGGAGGCAAAAAUGGUUUAGUGCACUGUAAAACUAAUGGUGAUGUACCUUUCAAGCUUGAGUUAAAUUAUAAGAAUUAUUAUUCUUUGGUUGUCGAUGGUCCUCUUGACAGAGAGAGUGUGUCGACGUACAAUAUCACUAUAAUUGCAAGUGAUGAAGGCAUUCCUUCUCUGUCUGGCACUAGUGUCAUUAAUGUUCACAUUUCAGAUGUUAAUGACAACAAACCUCACUUCUCAGAGCCACUCAUCAAUGUUUAUAUCAAAGAAAACAGUCCACUAGAAGCAGUAAUUUAUAAAGUGACUGCAGUUGAUGAUGACGUUGAUCAAAACGGGCAUGUGACGUACUCAUUAGUGCAAAGUAGAAGUGAUUCAAUGGCAGUAACUAAAAUGAUAAACAUCAACUCAGAAAGUGGAGAAAUAAUCAGUUUGCAGUCUUUUGACUUUGAGAAGUUAAAGACAUUUCAAUUUAAAGUUCUGGCCACAGACGCUGGUGUUCCUCCACUGAGCAGCAAUGCUACUGUAAAUGUUUUUAUUCUGGAUGAGAAUGAUAAUAGUCCCACCAUAUUGGCUCCCUAUUCUGAGCUCGGCUCCCUGAACAGUGAGAGCAUCCCCUAUUCCGCUGAGGUGGGACACUUUGUAGCAAAGAUCAGGGCAGUAGAUGCAGACUCUGGAUACAAUGCACUGCUCUCAUAUCACUUGUCUGAGCCCAAAGGCAACAACAACCUCUUUCGGGUUGGAACAAGCACCGGGGAGAUUCGGACCAAGAGGAGAAUGAGUGACAAUGACCUGAAAACUCAUCCCUUAGUGGUGUUGGUGUGUGAUAACGGGGAAGCCUCCCUGUCAGCUACAGUGUCUCUUGAUGUGGUGGUGCUUGAAAGCACAGUUGACAUUCAUACUCAGUUCAAACAAGUUCCCAUUAAGGUAGAGAGCUACUCUGAUUUACACUUGUAUCUGCUCAUCGCCAUUGCGGCCGUGUCGCUCAUCUUCCUGCUCAGCCUUGUCUCUUUAAUAGUCUUCAAAUGUCACGGACAGUCAGACGAUAGAUUGGACAGGUACAGUGCCCCAAUGAUCACCACCCACCCUGACGGGAGCUGGUCUUACUCCAAAGCUACACAGCAGUACGACGUGUGUUUCAGCUCAGACACACUGAAGAGUGACAUGGUGGUUUUCCCCACACCUUUUCCACCUGUGGAAGCAGAACUAAUUAGUAUUAAUGGAGGGGACACCUUUACCAGAACUCAGACUUUACCAAAUACUGAGAAGAUGACGCUGGAGACCGUGCUAUAA